AGACGUAGACUACGCACUGAUCAUUGGCAUGAACUAGUUGAACUGAUGAAGCGCUAACUUUAUUUUCGAAGGAUUUAGACUACCCAUUUCUCCACGGAUUGAUGCUAUUUUCACCUCAAGAUGACAGAUAUAAGGAUAGUUCCCUUAGGGGCUGGUCAGGAUGUUGGACGGAGCUGUAUUCUUCUGACGAUAGGAAGUAAGAAUAUCAUGCUGGAUUGUGGGAUGCAUAUGGGCUUCAACGAUGAAAGAAGAUUUCCAGACUUCUCCUACAUCAACAAAAAUGGUGGAUUGACAGACCAUCUUGAUGCAGUUAUCAUUAGCCAUUUUCAUCUUGAUCACUGCGGAGCCCUCCCUCACAUGUCUGAGAUUGUCGGCUACGAUGGACCCAUAUACAUGACACAGCCCACCAAGGCUAUCUGCCCCAUACUCCUCGAGGACUACAGGAAGAUAACUGUUGAGAAAAAAGGAGAAACCAAUUUCUUCACCUCACAAAUGAUCAAAGAAUGCAUGAAGAAGGUGGUGGUGGUGAAUUUACAUCAAAUCAUUCAGGUGGAUGACGAGUUGGAGAUAAAGGCUUAUUACGCCGGUCACGUGCUAGGGGCAGCCAUGUUUCACAUCAAAGUUGGGCAACAAUCUGUUGUAUACACAGGGGAUUACAAUAUGACUCCAGAUAGGCAUUUAGGUGCUGCUUGGAUUGAUAAAUGUAGACCCAACAUCCUCAUCACAGAAUCAACUUAUGCGACCACAAUCAGAGAUUCAAAGAGGUGUCGAGAGCGAGAUUUCCUAAAGAAGGUUCACGAUUGUGUAUCGAAUGGAGGGAAGGUCCUUAUACCUGUCUUUGCAUUGGGUCGAGCCCAGGAGCUCUGCAUACUACUGGAAUCAUACUGGGAGAGGAUGAAUCUUAAAGCACCUAUCUACUUCUCUACUGGACUAACAGAAAGGGCAAAUCAUUACUAUAAGCUCUUCAUUACAUGGACAAAUCAGAAGAUAAAGAAGACAUUUGUGAAAAGAAAUCUCUUUGAAUUCAUACAUAUCAAGCCGUUUGAUCGAGGAUACAUCAACAAUCCCGGGCCGAUGGUGGUGUUCGCCACGCCCGGUAUGCUCCACUCCGGACUCUCCCUUCAGAUAUUCAAACAGUGGGCUUCGAAUGAGAAGAACAUGCUCAUUAUGCCGGGAUACUGCGUGGCGGGGACGGUCGGCCAUAAGGUGCUCAGCGGGCAGAAGAAGAUAGAGAUGGAGAAUAGACAGACGAUUGAUGUAAAGUUAUCGGUGCAGUAUAUGUCCUUCAGUGCCCAUGCUGAUGCUAAGGGUAUCAUGCAGCUAAUCCGAAUGUGUGAACCUAAGAAUGUCGUCCUGGUUCACGGUGAGGCCGGCAAGAUGGCAUUCCUCAAAGAGAAGAUCUGUAAAGAAUUCAAAAUCCAGUGUUACAUGCCAGCAAAUGGAGAGACGAUUAAUAUUCCUUGUAAGACGAAUCUGAUGGCAGAUGUUUCAUUGGGACUGCUGAAGAGAAGCGCUUCACUUGCAGGCAUGACCUUGUCAGGACUCCCAGAAUCCAAGAAAUGUCAUACAAUGCAUGGAGCACUUGUCAUACGAGAUCAGAGGAUACAGUUAGAGGAGCCAUCUAAAGUCAUGCAGCAGCUCGGCCUGGUUGAACAUGAUAUUAGGUUCACAUCUACUGUAUCGACGUCGGCCUCAUCCAUGGAAGCGCUCACAAAGAAACUCAAAAGGAGAUUCCCACAUGAAUCUGUUCAACUGAUGCCAGAUGCUUCUAUCAUGAUGGGAUCAAUACUACUUAAGAUGUCUAGUGAAUCAGAAGAAAGCUUAGAUCUUCUUGUUUCAUGGCCGUAUCAGGAGGAGGAACUAGGUAGUUCACUGUUGAGUAUGCUACAUUCACCAAAGACCUCAACAGCAGAAUGAUGAAUGUUGAAGAAAUUUAAAGGAAGGAAACAAGAAAAGUUAGUGACUACAAAUCGUGCUACAGUCCCAGACAUUCAUAUUUGUGGAUUAUCUUUUUUAAUACUUCAAGCAUCUGUUUGUUACUCUGUUGCAUUCUCAAAAGAGCUUGCAUCCAGAAUGAAGAAUGUUGAGAAAGAGACGCCUGAAAGAAAUUUAAAGGAAGGAAACAAGAAAAGUUAGUGACUAUUAAUCAUGCUACAGUCCCAGACAUUCAUAUUUGUGAAUUGUCUUUUUUAAUACUUCAACCAUGCGUUUGAUACUCUGUUGCAUUCUCAAAAGAGCUUGCACACAGAAUGAAGAAUGUUAAGGAAGAGACAUCUCGAAAAAAUUUAUAGAAAGGAAAAGGGAAAACUUAACGUCUUUAACGAUGAUAAAUCGUGCUACAGUCCCAUUCAUUCAUACUUGUGGGGUAGACUUUUAUGUCGCAUUGGCCGGAUGACAUCCCUUUGAGAUUCUAUUUUCUCCACACAUUGCGCUUCUCCCAUGCACUAUCAGUGGGUAAAAUGCAGUAGACUGGUCUCAACCUGGCCAUGUCCUGACCAUGUUUAUUAAAAACUUAAGUGCAUGAAAAUGAAUCACUUAAUAAGAAGUUGACAGGUAUGGAGUGUGCCCUCUAUAGACGAAGUGAGAGAAGGGUUGCCAUAGUUCUAGCAAUGAAUCAAAAUGAAGGUGUUGAUGAUAAAGUGGGAAAACAGUUUUGAAGCGAGAUCACAGAGAGGUGCUAUUUAUUUAAAAUUUCCUUUUGAGAUUGUGUCUCCACCUGUGACUCUGCCAUAUUGCAUCUCAUUCCCCACAGCUUUUGUCAGUGAGACAUGAGGAAAUUUUCUCUUCUCCACAAUCAAGAAUUUUUAUAAGUUUUUGAUAAGUUUUCGCUUGUGAGGCUCUAAGCUUCAUCAGACCUUCGUUGUAGGUGACAUUGUUGGUGAAACAGCCCGACAAAGGGUGGAGGAGAGAGCGUAUUGUCCCAAUUCUCUAUUCUGGGUUCUGUCUUUAAAGAGUUAGAUUGAUCAGGGGUCCAUAUUACAAAGAGUUACGAUUGAUCCAAUCAACCACAACUAUGGAAAGCCAGCAACAUCAACAUAUAUUAUUCAUGUUUGUUCAAAAUAUUUUCUUACUAUGAUGUAUAUUCAUGCAUUUAUUGUUUUCUUGAAUAUUCAGUGUGCUUCUCUUUGUUAACAAAGGACAUUGUGCAAAUUUCCUGUAAAAAAAAUUAUGACAUUGAUGGAUUUCCAUAGAGUUCAAGACGAUCAGAUCAAUCGUAACUCUUUGUAAGACGGGACCCUGAUCAACCUCAACUCUAUGGAAAUCCAUCAAUGUCAUAAUUUUUUUUACAGGAAAUUUGCACAAUGUCCUUUGUAAACAAAGAGAAGCACACUGAAUAUUCAAGAAAACAAUGAAUCAAUUGAAUGAAUACAUCAUAGUUAGAAAAUAUUUUGAACAAACAUACAUUUUAGACGUUGAAGUUGCUGGCUUUCCAUAGUUGUAGUUGAUCGGAUCAAUAAUUUUUUUACAGGAUAUUUGUCGUUUGUAAACAAAGAGGAGCAUACUGAAUUGUCAAAACAAUGAUGGAUGUAUGAAUGUACAUAUCUAGAAAACAUUUUGAACAAACAUGCAUUCUAAACGUUGAUGUUGCUGGCUUUCCAUAGUUGUUGAUCGGAUUAAUCUUAAAUCUUUGUAAGACUGGGCCCUGUUCUACAUGCAUGUGGAUAGCCUCCCUAAUCCUUCUGGUAGAUUAUGGAAAAAAGAAAACUUUCUCAUCUUUACAUACCAAUCAGGGGCCCGUCUUGCAAAGAGUUGCAAUUGAUCCAAUCAAUCGUAACUCUAUGGAAAUCCAUCAGUGUCAUAAUUUUUUCUAUAAGAAAUUGGCACAAUGUGAAUUUUCAAGAAAACAAUGAAUCCAUGAAUAUACAUCAUAGUUAGAAAAUAUUAUGAACAAACAUGCAUAAUAGAUGUUGACAUUGCUGGCCGCCCAUACUUGCGAUUGAUCAGAUCAAUCGUAACUCUUUGUAAGACGGGGCCUGAUGAAUCUUUUCAGUAAUGUUACGUCAAUUAGGUCUCUUAGAAAAUGACUAGAAAUGACAUUUGCUUGUUUUAUUUCAAUGGGCUAAUGUGUCUUAUUUAAGUUUUAUGCUUUUGGGAAAAAAUCUAGUCAUUUGAAAUUUUGUUAUAUUUUUAUAAUUUGAGUGUAUAAAAAUCCUUUUUAUCAGCAUAUCAUACCAAGUUUGACUCUCAUUUGGCCUUUACUGGAGCCCAUUCCAUAAUUUUUUUUAUAAUGCGAAAUUUUCAGUAACAGUUCAAAGCUAGUGAAAAGAGUUAAGAGUCACUCUUCGAUUCGCAUUUUAUUCAAAUUGAAUUGUUGGGAUGAACUUGGUAUUUUAAACAAGUUUUUUUUUAUAGUUCCAGGAUCAUUUUGUUACUCUUUCAUAAGCACAUGUUAAAAUGCAAGAUAUGCUAAUGAAAAACUUUGCAAGGUGAGGAUCUAUUUUUACUUGGCUGGACUCGGUGAGUUGGUUUAUUUUCGACUAUGGUUAUAAAUAGAUUGUAAAUAAACUUGAUACUAAAACAUCAGACAUAAACUAUCGGU